AUGGCUGCCAAAAAUAUCAACUUCUCGAUUGAAGACAUCUCCUUCAAGGCUAACAACCAUGUUGCCUUGUUGGACAUUCUUUCAAACAAAACCAUUUACGAGGACACCGCUGCAUUCCUCAAGAUGUCCUUUAGCAAUUCUGUGUCAGUCCUCCCUGAUGAUGAGACAUUCACCACUGGACCUGAGGUAGCUCCUCUCGAGGCUCCUCAGUAUACUGGUGCUCUUCCUAUCGAGCGCAUCAUGGAGCCAACCAGCGAUAAUCCUUCAAAUAUCGCUGAUGACCCCUCAGGUUCAUCUCAGGCUCAAGCCAUGGAUCAAGAAGAAGAGGAGUACGACAUGGCGAUGGACGUCAAGCUUAUUCUCCCAGUCGUCGAGACGCCGGAGAGGGGGGAGAUAAGGUCCAACGCUCCUAGAGCUGAAGUUGAUGCUGUGGUUGCCUGUGAUAUCCCAACCUCCAGUGAAGCUGCUAUAGUUGAGGACGUUGAUGCCAUCCCUCGUGAUGAUGACCUUCCCAUCACCUCUACACCUAUUGCUGGUAAUGGGGGAGAUGAAGAUGAUGAAGAAGAUGACGAAGAAAGUGAUGAACUUGAUCUUCCAGACUCCGGCAAUGAUCCUGAUGGUGAUGAUGACGACGAUGAUGAAGAUGACAUCACCAUUCAGUUUCAGCGUCCAACAACUGCCACCAAAGGAGUUACUCUUAAGGAUUCCGCAUCCCAGGGGAAACAAAUGGAAGAAGAGUCUGCUCCUGAAAAGAACCAAGACCGUAAGUCGAAAGGCAAAGGCGUUGCUGAAGAAGGGAACCUGAAGGUAUUGCUUUAA